AUGAAUCGUCUCAUUAACUACUUCCUGGGAAAAAACACAUCCAUACCUAAAAAUUCCCCUCCACACUCCCAGUCACCUGCCACCAAGAUAUGCCAACUUUACCACAUCACAUACAGCUGCUACCCGCAGUGUAAAACAGGAACAAAUGAACCGCCGCAAUUGGUACGUUGUGAAUUAUUCCGCGAUACCGAAAAUUUACCACGGGAUAAUGAUAGAUGUAGUGAUGAAGAUGGUGGGAAUGGUAAAAAGAUAUCAGUUCAGAGGUUGAGAUUGAGACAGCGCUGUUCUUCUUGCGUUACGAAAGCAGUGGCUGCAAGAGUGGUAGAGAGAAAGGAGAGAGAGGAAGGAGAGGGCGGUGCGGAGAGGAGAGGAGAGAGGGGAGAGGUUUUGAGACAAUUAAGAUUGGAGGAAGAUGAGGAGGAAGAUGUGACUCCUAGACUUAGUCAGUAUCCGUUCACUAGCGCCAAUUUCCGAGUGUGUGGUCGCGAUUCUGGUGGAAAAGUGAAUUGUGGUGUGGAAGAAGACUUGAUAAUAAAGAUGGAAGACGAAUUGAAAGCUGGAGCAAGUUUCGAAAGCAUCGAUAAUAGAUCUGCUUCUGCCCCUGCUACUCCUCCUUUGUCCCCAAUAUUCAUGCCGUUGAGCGAGAGUCUAGAGUUGGAAGAAGGGCAUCCGGAAUUCCUUGCUGACAGUGAUGGGGACUUUGGUCUGGGUAUUUAUUACUAG